AACGGAUUCAGACCAAAAUAAUCCAUUAUUUACGGGACUGCCACUUCCAUGCUGUCUGAAUCUGCUGCAAAGACCGAAACGAAAUCAAAUUUUCAAACCCCUAUAGCAGUCUCUCUCUCUCUCCCUCUCUCCAAAGUAAAGCAAUUUUUUCCCUUCAUUUUCCACGACUUUCGAGGCCACUUUCCGGGAAAAAAUCCGGAUCAGGCGAAACUCUCGGCUUCAGCUGAUUUUUUAUUAUUUUAAAUUUGGAGGUUUUACUUUCUUUCCUUUUCCGACGGUUUCUGAGUAACCAAAUAGGGUUCGUGAGAAAACAUUUAAUUGGUCGAAAUCGGAUGGCAAAUAGGGAAGAUGAGGGUUUCUAUCACAGCCUUUCAAGGAAAGAGCUUCAAAGUUUGUGUAAGAAAUAUGGUUUACCUGCUAAUAGGUCGAGUUCCGAUAUGGCUAAAUCACUGGCCUGUUAUCUAGAGAACCAGAGAUUGGGUUCAAUGUCCAUGGGAGAAAGAUUAUAUGAAAUUCGAGAGACUGGACUUCCUUUGCCCCUGGAAGUACAACUGCAGCCUGGAGCAUCAUUAAACUCUUUCAGGGAUACUGGAAAAGAUUGCUAUGGACUCAUCUCUUGUCCCAUAGACAGGUGUAAUGGAGGGAAUCAUUCUCAAGCUGUUAAAUGUAAUGCAUUGGGUUGUUGCACAGGAGAUAAAUAUUAUCAUAAGGAUGGCUAUAGUGGUGGCUCUAUUUUUUCCCUGCAAACGCCACAGUCGCGGUUUGUUACUCAUUAUGAUGACAGUGGUUUUAAGAAUAAGGAGUUACCAGCAAUAUUCUUCAAUAAAAAUUGUCCGAGUCUCACGAGAGAUGGAAGGAUGAACGAUAUGCUCCAAAUUGAACAAAAAGACACAAAUGUUGCUGCAUGUUCCAAUGAGAAUGCCUUUCCUUCCUCCAUAAAUACUCCAACUGUUUCUCCCUCUUCUUUUCAGUUUCAUGUCAGUUCAGAAGAGGGGAUUAACCUUUAUGUUGAUUUAAAUUCAAACCCAUCAGAGUGGGUUGAGAAAUUGAAAAGUGAGGUUUCUAUAUGCCAGAACAUGUCACAUAGCAAGUCUCAGACUUUUCAUAAUGAGCUUGGGCGCUUGGGAGAGAGUAGUACACAGAUGAAAAAUUCUUUUCAGUUAGACGUAGAUGCUGGGAGAGUCAAGGAUAUCCAUACGCACCCUGGAUUACCCCUAAGUUUGAUCAUAAAAGAAAAUAAUCCAUUGCAGCUUGAUCAUUCAGAUGGAGAUGGUGGAUCCUUGGGGUCAACUGUAAUGACACAAUGUGCCAGAGCUGUAGAAUUGUCAGAGCAUUUAGAAGGAGAUCAAGGACUGACCUUAUUUAAAGUUCCUCCCGAUUCUCAGGAACAAAUAAUUUCUGGUGGUGCAUUCUCUGUUAAAGAUGGGUGUUUGAUGACUCUUGAUUCGAAUAUUAAUUCUCCUAGGAAGAAGUUAGUCAGUGAUGCUGUAUUCAAUAAACCAGAUGGUCCACUAAAUCAUCUCACAACAGAGCAUCAGAAUUCUAUGCUUGAAAAUGAAAUUUGUGAGAAUUCUACACUGCCAAAUGGUUGUAAUCUUGUGAGUCCUUGUGGAAUAAUUCCUGGAUGCCUGCCGGAUGGUUCAUUGCAGAUACGAAUGCCCAAAGAUGUGGUUCACCAGAAAGAUGCAUUACAUUCACCUUGUGAAAUUGGUGAAUUUGUGGAUUUGGUUGAUCCAAAUCACAGUAUUUACGAAGAACAAGGUGGACUAGUUGCCUCAACCGAGCUUGAUCAAGAGAAAUUUAGGAACCGGCUGCCUACAUUAGUUGAAGAACAGGGUAGGAGCAAAAUUAUUAAUUGGGGAGAGAGUUCGGAAUGCUCACAUGAUGAGUUAUUUGAAAAUUGUGGAGGGCUUGAUAAAGCUGAAUCUAAUGGACUUGGCAAAAAGAGGGCAUAUAUAGAUGGUGAUCAAAAUGAUUGUAGCACGCUUGAUGCCAAGAUUUUAAGAAGCACAAAUCAUCUGAUUAGGAAGGUACUUCCCAGAAGAUCCAUGCGGCUGGUCUCCAAGUGAGUUUGUACAGUCUGUGUGGGCCAAAUUCAAAGUAUUGGUUUCAGUUCACAUUAAAAUUCAUUAUUGCAAAGCCAAGUAUUGUCCAUGGUUGCUUCAUUCUUUGGAGAACAGUUUUUCUCACGGACCUAAUAAAACGAAAAAGGUAUCAUUCAAGUUGUUUGGUGCAUUCUAACUUUGUUCUCUUACAGCAAAUUUCAGAGCAAAUCAUAACAUUUUUGAAAAUUGAUACACAAAUAAAGAUUUUUUGUUGCAGUCAAUGCAGAUGUCGAUGUUGUUGUUGUUGUUAAAUUUAUUUUCUAUUGAUUCUUGUUGAACCUCUUUAUUUUGUGUAUUUUUCUGGGUUUGAAUCCUUCCCUCCCCCAAACACGUAGGCUCUAUGUUUUUGCUGUGUUUACUUGCUUCACCCUAUCUAAUCAAAUUUCGCACUAUUGAUGUAUACAAUAACUUUCACAAAUUUUCAUGCAUUUUAACCUUCUUUUGACAAGCCUGAGAUCAUGUACUGCAUUUGUGCCUUGAGGGGCUCAAGGUCAAAGCUUAUUGUUUACCCUUUGAUGUCACUGCGUUAUUUAUAAAAUUUCACAA